GUGCCGUCGCGUCGGCACGAGUCGGUGUCGGAGUCAGUGGUGCGCGGGCCUUCGUGCCGCGAGGACGAAUGGUUGGUUUGUCGUCGUUUUCUGCCCGUGUGUGUUCGUUCGUUUACCUCUGUGAGUGCGUGUAAUUAAAAAAAGUACAUUAAUUCGCGAUUAUUAAAAACAUUCUGGACUACAACUGCAAAAGUGAAAUACACCAUUGAAGACCGUUCUACUUCUGGUUUUCUUCAUUAUUGGAAGAUCUAUGGCAGGAUCUACGGAUCGUUGUUUGAAAAUCGCCAGAAGUCAUCAGCCAAUCAUGGAAACUCGCUAAAUCGUCACCAUAGGUCCCCGAACCAUCCAGGACCUCGAUAAUCAUCAUCAGUCCCUAAGAGAUCACCACUGAGGCCACCAUCGUCGGAACUGCACAGCUCUAGUAGCCAUCGGAUCACCCUGGAAGGAAGCUGACGCGUCGCUACGGACACAGUAAAGCCAGGAGCGGAGAGCGCGAGGGUGGCGAGUGUGCCAAGAAGAUGCGGCUGUUCGCGUGGCCUGGCAGCGUGACUCGCGACGGACUCAUAAACGAUGAAUUGGCGGGCAGCGAUGUUGGCUCGGCCGAGAAAAGCGGCAGCAGCAGGAGCAGCAGCUGUGGAGGCAGCUACGGCAUCGAGCGAACCGGCAGAUCGGGCGAACAAGCGGGCGAACACCACGGGCACACCAUCGGCUGGGCAUGUACGUCAUCUACCCGGCGGACGAGCUGUUGCGUAUCUAUGAGAACCAAGUCCGUGAUCCUAGCCCAGUGUUGACCAGCGAUCGUCGGCUGAGCUGCCAGGUGACCGUGAUACCGGUCGACGGGAAUAACGAGCAAAAGCCCAAAGGGCGUAAAAAGAAGUGGAGGGAGCGCGGGCAGACGCGCAAAAGAAGAACGGGCCGUAACGAGGCACGCAGUCACGAGGUCGCGAAGGGCAACCGCCGCGACAAGCACACCAGGACUAUGCAAAAUAGCCGUGCGCUCGCCGAGGAUGCCCUCAAUCCUCUCAAAGACCUCGUACAGCCAGGGCUCAACGAGCCGCUCAAGCAGCACAAUGCGUCCGCGCUCAAACUCGUGCAGACUGUGUCGGAGUUCGCACAGGAGUUGGGCGCGGCGAUGGAGAACCAUUCCGCGAUGGUACGACGUUUGGUCGACGAGUUCCGGGGGAGAUCCGGUGACAUGAGGGUCGAUUCCGGGGGGAUGCGUCGGGUUUGGGAGAAUCUGCUUCGGCAGGUCGAAGCGGACGCGGUGGCACACUUGGAUCUAGCUGCGGUCCUCCAGCAACAACUGUCCAGGCCCACGCUGGAAGCCAGCUUCCAUCGCAAGCUUCAAUCGAGAAAGGUGUUCGCUCACCGGGAGGCUUACGAACAAGUAGUGGCGAAAACCGAGGAGAAACUGCAGCGCGCACGGGCGGAUUACAAGCGUGCUUACGCUACGUUUCUUACGAACGACGGAGGAGGUGAACAAGAAUUGAAGCGCGCUUACUUCGAGGCGCACAACGCUUAUAUUCUUCAGUUAAGAGCCACGAAUGCCAUCACGGAACGGUACCAAGCUCACUGCCUGCCCGGUCUACUCGGUGAAAUAGCGGAAGUCUACGAGGAGCUAUGCGGAUUGGCUUGCAAAUGCGUCGCCGGCAUAUCGGAAGCUGCAGCGGAGCGGGCCGGGGAGCAGGCGAAGCGUUAUCAGGCUGUCGCCAAGGAGGCUCAAGUCAUCGCGCCGUUGAACGACCUACAAGUUCUGGCAAGGAGCUUAGCGGCGACAGCGACUCCAUCAAAGAAGCCUUCCAGACGGCUGUUCGUGGCGCCCGGCCCCCCCGAACAAGUGCCCAUGGAAAGGAUCAAUCAAGUACCUCCGUUGAGGGACGAAUUGGCCCCGACAGGAACCAGCACCCUACCUCUGAUGGAAGAUCUACGACGGGAGCACGAUACUUUGUCCCAGGAAAUAUCUCGUCUCCAGGACGCCCUGGACGCCUUAGUCCGUAUGCAGCGCAAAAGCGCCGAAAGCAAUCUCUACACUAAAGUGGCCGAGCUGCAAGAAGAUAUAUCCAUGAAGCGUUUCGAGCUUGGGGAGGCGCAACUCUACCUAGCUGCUGUACAAGCACAGAAGGAGCUGUUCGGGGGUGGAGAAGCCGGUCAACCGGAUGGGGUGAGCAGCCGGAAGAUGUCGAAUGGCUCGACCGGAAGUACCAAGCACAAAUGGUUGAAAGCGUUCAAGAGCUUGAAGACCAGUUCUCCUACUACUCCACCAUCGACUGACAAAGGGAAACAGGCGAUGUACCAUGCUGUUUCCACGGUGGUCGCCAUGUCCAGAAAAAGUCUGGAAUCCGAGGGUGGACAUCAGUGGUAUGAGAACACCUACCGGAAGAUCACACCCUGCGACGCUUGUGGUCAAGUACUGAGGGGUCACAGCCGCCAGGGUGUCAGAUGUCGCCGGUGCAAAGCUAAUGCUCACACCGACUGCAUCAAUCUCGUUCAGCCGGCUAUGUGCCCGAGUCUGGCGCCCAAGAAAAGUGGCGGAAUACCACUUCUCCGGCGACAAAAGACCCAGGCCCAAGUGGACGAGACACCAGCCGCCGAGCACAACGUGGACGCCAUAUACCAGGUGCUGAAGCAGGCAGGCGAGAUCCGUGGAAACUCGACAAACUCACCACCUACGCCUCCCACAGCAGAUCAUCCUCCAGCACCUUCGUCAACGAGGGCCUCCUCCCACCCCUGUUCCUCGUCCACCUCUGCGCCGCAUAGUCCGCAACGUAGACGAGAGAGACUGAACCUAAGGAUGAAGAGUCUCAGCCUGGAUUCACCAGAAGGCACUGCGCAUGUCCGACAUCGUCCUAGGGAUUACUAUACCACCGGCCAAAAGGAAUCUACGCCACCCAGACACUCUGAUAGUGGAAGCAUCAACAGAUUGUCACCAUGCAGCCCAGGGCAGGGACAUGCUGUCCACAAGCACGUAAGAGGAGCCAUCAGGAUGUCGAGCAUGGAGUUGCCAGACGAGAACGAGAAGUCUUAUUCGUCGACAAGCACCUCUCCCUGUCCCUCCCCUCACACCAACAAUCAGAACCACAUGAACCCCCCUGGGAAACGGGUUCUACCACCUAACAAUCUCUACGUGGUACUGUACAACUUCGAGGCGCGUCAUCGGGACGAGCUGGACUUGAAGGCCGGUUACAAGGUGACGGUGCUCGAUAAAUCCGAGAAGGACUGGUGGAAAGGGAAAUGUUUGGGUGGCCGAGUGGGUUACUUCCCGAGCGCAUACGUCAUGCGAGUGGAAUCUGGACAGAAGACCCUUCAGGUUACCCGCAAUCUGCAGCUAACUGAUCAGAUCACCCUGUUGCGUGACCAGAUUGUGAUCCAGGUGGGCGAAGAGGUAGAUGGGGUCGCGAUGGUCCGUUGCGCCGCAGACGUCCGAUCCGCGGACCACACCGGCAAAGAGGGCGAGGUUCUGUACAAGGAGACCCUGUGCCCGCUGAAGUAUUUACAGGAGGUGUGACAGCAGCCUCGCCAGUUAGGCGAGCGUCAGAAU